AUCACAACCAUGGUGAAAUCCUACCCUAUUACAUGUUCUACAUACCUGAUAUCAGCAAAUACAUUGAUGUACAAGAACACUUCUUACUCUUUCUACAGAAGACAGUCGGAUCAGGUAACGUCCAUCCAUUCACGUUCUGUGACUACCCUUUUAUAUUUGAUACCAACACCAAGACACAGCUUCUUCAUAUAGAUGCUCUACUACAAAUGAAGUUUGCGAUUGAAGACGUCCAAAGAAGAAACCUUCAGAGCAUGUUGGGCACCCAGAUAGAUCCAGUCAACCCUUGCUUGGUCAUCUGUAUUCACAGAAAGAACAUUGUCCCUUCAACAAUCAAUCAGAUCAGUAAAUAUCACACAGCAGACUUCAAGAAACCUCUCAAGGUUGGGUUUGUAGGAGAGGAUGCGGUGGAUGCUGGCGGGGUGAGAAAGGAAUUCUUUAUGCUUAUAAUGAGAGAGAUCCUAGACCCUAAGUAUGGAAUGUUUAGAUUCUAUGAAGAUUCAAGGAAGAUCUGGUUCAACAGCAAAUCAUUUGAGGAUCCGAUCAUGUUCCGGUUGGUUGGCUUGGUAUGUGGUCUAGCUAUCUACAAUCAUAUUAUCAUAUCACUACCAUUCCCACUGGCUUUAUACAAGAAACUACUAGGAAGGAAAACCACAUUAGAAGACCUUAGUAAGUUAGAACCCCAAGUAGCUCAUCACCUUCAGGCGCUCCUAGACUACGAGGAUGAGGAAAGCUUCAAGGAUUCUUUUCCUCUCGUAUUCCAGAUUGAUGAGGAUAACUUUGGACAUAUCCAGACGACGGACCUCAUCCCAAACGGUGGAGAUACUGAAGUCACUGUCAACAAUAGGCAAGAUUACAUAGAUGCAUAUGUGGACUACGUCUUGAACAAGUCUGUUGAACCUCAGUUCUCUGCAUUCAGUGAGGGUUUCCUGGAGGUGUGUGGCGGCCAUGUUCUUAAUCUAUUCCAUCCUCAAGAGCUCAUGGCUAUGGUGAUUGGAGAUGAGAAUUAUGAUUGGGAUGAACUAGAGAAGAGUGUGGAAUAUAAGGGGCAAUACUACAAACAUCAUCCUACGGUGAAGCUAUUCUGGCAGGUAUUCAGGGAGCUCUCGGUAGAUGCAAAGAAGAAAUUCUUAGUCUUCCUCACGGGUAACGACCACAUUCCCAUUCAAGGCUGGUCAAGCCUUCAGGUCAUCAUCCAGCCUGUCAAGGGUGGCAAUGACUUCUUUCCUGUGGCUCAUACCUGCUUCAAUCUCCUGGACCUACCUAUGUACACCAACAAAGACAUUCUCAAAGACAAGCUACUGACAGCGAUAGAGCAUACAGAAGGCUUCACGUUAGCAUGAACAUUAUCCUCUAGCCCUAUAUGUUGUAUGUAUUCAAUGUGUGGUCACUUCGCCCUGUGAGAUGGGUUCUUCGUCUUUCCUGUAGUUCAUGCACAUCUGCUUCAAUCGCUCAGGUAUACCUUUGUACGACAAAGACGGCAAUCAACAGCAAUAGAGCAUACAGAAGGCUUCAUGGUAGCAUGAACAUUGGAACUCUUCUAUUCCUAUUUGUGGUGUGUCUGAUCUCCGAGAUCGUCUUUCCUGUAGCACAUACAUGUACCUGCUUCAUUCUCCUAGAUCUACAUAUGUACACAGAUAAGGACAUUCUCAAAGACAAGCUACUGACUGCAAUAGGGCAUACAGAGAGCUUUGUGUUAGCAAGAACAUGGGAAAUCCACUAGCCAUAUAUUAUGUGAUAUGGGUGAUUACCAAGUCUGUUUUUCCUGUAGCUCAUACCUGCUUCAAUAUCCUAGAUCCUAUCUAUAUACACAGACAGAGACAUUCUCAAAGACAAGCUACCGACAGCGAUAGAGCAUACGGAAGGCUUCAUGUUAGAAUGAACAUUAGAAGUCCUCUAGUCCUAUAUGUUGUAGGUGUUAAAUGUGGUCACUUUGCCCUGUGAGAUGGGUUCUUUGUCUUUCCUGUAGUUCAUGCACAUCUGCUUCAUUCGCUCAGGUCUACCUUUGUACAACAGGGAACAGGCCAUUGACAGCAGUAUAACAUACAGAAGGCUUCACGUUAGCAUGAACAUUGGAACUCCACUAGCCCUAAAUGUGAUCACCUAGACCAUCUUUCUUGUAGCGUACACCACCUCCAAUAUCCUAGACCUACCUAUGUAUUCUUAAAGACAAGCUUUUGACAGGAAGGAAUCUUGUUUGCAUGAAUUUGUAGUUUCCACUAGCGCUAUAUGUGUUAGAAAGAGAUCUCCAUCUUUCCUGUAGCAAACACCGUUAUCAAUACUUUCCAGGUACAUGCACACUUGCCUAAGGCAGCAAAGAAUUUGGAUGAUCUCAAAGAAUAAGUGACAUAUUUUAUAUGUAGUCAAGAAUCGUUGAAUAUUGGAAGCAGUUGAGCCCUCUGGCAGGUGCUUUGGAGAAUUCAAUAGUCAGUGGGCUGUUUAUAUACAUGUACCAAACCCCACCCGUGUUAUUUGGUGUAGUCAUACAGCCUUUGAAGUGUAGGUGCACCAGUUGUCAUCCAUCAUUUGUCCAAUCUCUUGAAUCUAACGAUUUAUGACAGACACUAUCAAAGAAAAGCUUUAACUUCACUAAAAAGGCAAAACUUAUUGCAUUACUGACAUUGUCAUUGCUAUCCCGAGUCCCAUAUGUUAUAUACUUUGUGUACUCCUGCUUCUUCAAGAAUAGGAACAAGGCCUUUGUUUUGUCACUGGUUCUUGCUUGCGUGGGGGGGGGGGGCACUCUGGAAUCCUACACCAGUGCAGUCCCAUGGUCUAACAGGGAGAAGUCUUUUUCUGAGACUGGUCAAACUUACUUGGAUAUACUUGUACAUGUAUGUAAAAGCUUUGACGCAAGUAGAAAUACAUGCGUGAUGAUCAAGAAUGGGGUCCAUAAUUUGAUGUUUGACAUUAUGACCUAUCCAGUGUUAACUCCUGUGAGGUUAUUUCAAAGGCCAUGUCAACUUCAAAUUCUUCUUCAGGUAUGAUGUCAACAAAUUUAAAUCAUGUUUGCCAUAGAUAUUGUCUGACAGAUUCUUCACUUAUGUUAAUAGAUAUGUGUAAUCGAUAAAUGUCUGACAAAAAGUUACCCAGGGGGCAGUUUCAUAAAGCUGUCCGUAUUAAGUUGAGAGUGACAUUAAGAACGACUGGCGAUCCUUUAUUAAACACCCCCAGGUCAUGUUGACAAUUUUAGGACUUCAUGAUAAUUACAUUGUUAAGUUUGGGGUCAAAUUGAAUGAUCACUUCCUUUAAAUUAUUUUGAUUUUGAUGAUAUGCAGUUUUUUUUCACUUUGCAAAAGACUCUUGCCUCUAAUAUUUUUAUACCUGUUUUACCAUUUAAAUUCACCCACAAAAUUGUUGCCGAGUGUUGUUUAAGUUUGUCGUGACAGGUUUGAACGAACCUUGAAUUUAGGUGAGCGAAAUCAUACUGAAUUCAGUGUAGACUCAAUAUUAAUGAAAGGUUUGUCAGCUGCUGAUACCAGGUUAAUGAGUCUUACUGAAUAUGUGAUUUGAGGCAUGGCUUCAAUGAAAGAAAUAUUUACCUUUAGAAAAAUCAAUCUUAUGUUAUAUCAAUGGGUCAAACAUGCUUUAGUCAAAAACUUUUCAGUGUUUCUUCAAUGAUAAAAUAAACUUGGUCAGCUAUUGGACUUAAAAUUGA